AUGACCCAGCCAAACGUUAUCGACGAGGAGGAUUACGACUAUGAGUCGCUCCCGCCCAACUUCUCCCUCAUCCAGAACAUGGCUGCCGGCGCCUUUGCUGGUAUCGCCGAGCACUGCGCCAUGUAUCCCAUCGAUGCUGUUAAGACUCGUAUGCAGAUUGUGAACUCGAACCCUUCCGCGGUCUACAAUGGCGUCAUCCAGAGCACCUAUCGAAUUGCUUCGACCGAGGGCAUCUUCAGCUUGUGGCGCGGCAUGUCCAGCGUCAUUGCCGGAGCCGGCCCUGCGCACGCCGUUUACUUUGCGACUUACGAAGCUGUCAAGCACUUGAUGGGCGGUAACAAGGCUGGCGAGCAUCAUUUCCUCGCUGCUGCCACUAGCGGUGCUUGCGCGACAAUCGCCAGUGAUGCCCUAAUGAACCCCUUUGACGUGAUCAAACAGCGCAUGCAAAUCCAGAACUCGGCCAAGAUGUACCGCUCCAUGCUUGACUGCGCCAAGUAUGUUUACCGGAACGAGGGUCUCGGGGCUUUCUACGUCUCCUACCCCACCACGCUUUCUAUGACCGUCCCUUUCACCGCGCUUCAGUUCCUCGCCUAUGAGUCGAUAUCGACCUCGAUGAACCCCACCAAGAAGUACGACCCAGCGACACACUGCCUUGCUGGCGCGGUGGCUGGUGGCUUCGCGGCCGCGCUUACAACGCCUAUGGAUGUGAUUAAGACCAUGCUGCAAACCCGAGGCGCGGCUCAGGACGCUGAGGUCAGGGCCGUGAGCGGCUUUGUGGCGGGGUGUAAGCUGCUGUACAGGAGAGAGGGUGUCAAGGGCUUCUUCAAGGGCCUGAAGCCCAGAGUGUUGACCACCAUGCCUAGCACGGCCAUCUGCUGGUCGGCGUAUGAGGCGUCCAAGGCCUAUUUCAUUCACCAAAACAGCCAGUCAUGA